AUUUUUCUUGUCUUGUGUUUGCAUACUCUGGGGAUAUUAAAAAUAAAUCUUUUGGCUUUUUUUUAUCACCACUUCCACUCCGUUUUCACUGUGAAGAGACAAGGGUCGUCUCGUGCACUAUCAGUUGAAGUGCUAAUUUAUUGAACAUUGAAAAUGUUGCCUUCAAUGAUGGAAGCCGUUAAAAUGAAUCCUUUUGUGACACCUUUUUCAUCUGCCAAGUGUCAAGGACAAGAGGAAACCAAGAGCCUCGUUGCUAAUAGAAAUAUUGCUGCAGCAAGUGUCCCAGAAGGAGACAGCUGUGAAUUUGGAUCAAAUCAAUAUUUCUUAUUAUGUGGUCUUGGUGGUAUUUUAUCAUGUGGUAUUACUCAUACCAUGGUGACACCAUUGGACUUGGUCAAGUGUCGUAUCCAAGUUAAUCCAGAAAAAUACAAGUCUGUUGUAACUGGAUUCAAGGUAUCUGUCCAAGAAAGUGGUAUGCGUGGUCUUGCUAGAGGAUGGGCACCAACAUUCUUUGGUUAUUCCAUGCAAGGAAUGUUCAAAUUUGGUCUUUAUGAAGUCUUCAAAGUAUAUUAUUCACAAGCAAUUGGUGAUGAAUUGUCAUAUGAAUACAGAACUGGUUUGUAUUUGGCUUCAUCAGCUUCUGCUGAAUUCUUUGCUGAUAUUGCACUUGCACCAAUGGAAGCUGCCAAGGUACGUAUCCAAACAAUGCCUGGAUUUGCAAAUACUCUUCGUGAAGCUCUUCCAAAAAUGAUGGCUGAUGAAGGACUUGGUGGUUUUUACAAAGGUCUUGUACCACUUUGGCUUCGUCAAAUUCCAUAUACAAUGAUGAAGUUUGCAUGCUUCGAGCGUACACUUGAACUUCUUUAUAAAUAUGUUGUACCUAAGCCAAGAGAAACUUGCACCAAGGGAGAACAACUUGUUGUUACAUUUGCUGCUGGUUAUAUUGCUGGUGUAUUUUGUGCUGUUGUCUCACAUCCAGCUGAUUCUGUUGUCUCAAAGUUGAACCAAGAGAAAGGUGCAACUGCUGGUGAUGUUUUACGUAAACUUGGUUUUGCUGGUGUCUGGAAAGGUCUUGCACCAAGAAUUGUUAUGAUUGGUACAUUGACUGCUGCUCAAUGGUUCAUUUAUGAUGCUGUCAAAGUAUACCUCCGUAUGCCACGUCCACCACCACCAGAAAUGCCAGAAUCACUCAAGAAAAAACUUGGAAUUCAAUAAAAUUUUAAAUGAUUUUAAUUAUGUAUUAAAGUACAGUUAAUAUUGUUAAUCAAUUAAUUGUUUAGAAGUAAAAAAAAAUAACAAAACAUUUAAAACAAAAUUGAGAAAAAGAAAAACAAAAAACCAAGUUAAUAAAAAAUCAUCUGAAAUUAAUUUGAAGGUUUUAAUUGAUUUAAUUAUUUUUGAUAAUUUAUUAGUUUAUUUAUUUAAAUAUAAAUAUACCUUGUCUUGUAUCAGAAC